CGUCGAAAAUGUUUUGCAUAGCCAUAUCACGCCUUUUAUCUUUAAUACCAGUUUUUUUACAUCUUAUUUUGGUAAUCCUGUCGUGUUAUCAUAUAAAUGUGUAUAAUAUUUAAAAAAUGUUUACUUAGUACAAAAUACUGUCGUGUUCAAACUUGAAAUUUAAAAAUAGUUUUUGUUUUUUACCAUUUAUGUGUCAGUAAUCAUAUUACUACAUUUUUGAUGUAGCUGAAUUCAGAGUUUAACUUUUUGUCAAUAAGCUUUCAGAAUAUGGCUUCAAAACAGGCUAUAUUUGAAGCAAUUUCUGAUCAAUCUGAUGUUGUGCCAUUAUGCCCACGAUAUAAUUUAUACUUGAAACCUUCAGCUAGAAUUUUGAUUGUUAUCCAAUUAAAUGGCAAAAGUCAAUCUUCAGUUUCAAAUUGGCAGUUAAUGGAACGUCUGAAAGAAAGUAUAGAACCAGACAAAUUUUCAAAACUUUCAGUCUUAAUUACAUCAUCAGAAAUUGUCAAGUUUGAUGCAGAAUUAUCAGAUAGGACACGAUUAAAUACAAUUUUGUCUAAAUUGACUGAUAGAAGGUUCAAAUUUCCCGGAUUUACACAUUUACUUACUGUAAAGGCAUCAGAAGUAAAACCAGAUUUUCCAACACGCCAUGAUUGGGAUUCUUUUUUCCGCAAUAACCCAGAAAUGAAUGAACGUAAGCCAGGAGAGCGGCCUGAUACAAUUCAUAUUGAAAACUUACCAGUAGAAUGGUUGACUGAACCAGGUGACAAAGUACCUUCUGAAUGUAAAUUAAAAGAAGCUUUUGAAAUGUUUGGAGAAAUAAGUCAAAUAGAUCUUCCAGCAGCUGACCCAUCUAGAGUUAGUCAUAUAGUUGGGAUAUGUGAUGCUUUUAUUCAAUACAAAGAGUAUUCAUCUUUUGUGAAAGCAAUGGGAGCAUUAAAAGGAUCAAAACUAGCUUAUAUUUCUGAUGAUAAAGCAUUGUCAGCUAAUAUUAAAGUAGAUUUUGAUAAAUCUAAACAUAUGACUAUAAGUUCAGUUACUAAAAGAUUAAGAAAAAGAAAAAAAUUUUUAGCCAAAGUUAAAUUAAAACAAGAAGAAGAAAGAAUUGCACAAGAAAAAGAAUUAAAAAAUAUAGAGGGAGAAAGAAAAAAAAAACUACAUCAGCUGGAAAAAAAAAAGAGAAGACGUAAAUUGCGAGAAGAAAAACGUAGAGCUGUUUGCUUAAAAAAGUUAGCUGACGAAGAAGCUGAAAAAAUUAAUCGAAAAAUCGCAAUAGAAGAUAAAUAUUUAAUAGCAGCUCAAAGAAAACUAGAAUCUAUUCAUUUGCUCAGAGAAUUAUUAACGAGAAUUAAGGCCAAUAUAAUUUCAACUAACAAAACUUUAAGUGUUGAUAGUUUACAUAAUUCAGCUAUUAUUACUGGUCAUAAAUAUACAGGCAUUGAAUUAGCAUUUAGACAGAGAAUGAUAGAAAAAUGGAAACCCAAUAAAAUCAAACAAUUAGAAACAUCUGGUAACCAAACUAUUAGUAAUCAAGGCCUGAGAUUUAAUAAUUGGCGUGGUCGUGGUAGGGGUCGUGGAAUACUAGGGAGAUAUCUUAUGCCCCACAUUGUUGAUCCAUUACAAUCAAUUAAAAAUGGACUUGAAAAUCCUCAAAGUAAUAAUAUUAGUCAAAUUGAAAUUAAAAGCAGCACUAGUCGAAGUCGUAGUAAAAGCAAAGAAAUAAAACAAAAACGUUCUACAUCUAAUAGUUCAAGGAGUUUUUAUUAUAAAAACAAAAGUCAGAGUAAGAGUAGUAAAAACCGAAGUAGAAGUCGAAGUAGAAGUAGAAAUUGGCGGAGUAGAAGUAGAAGCCGAAGUUGGAGGAGAAGUCGAAGUAGAAGCUGGCGGAGUAGGAGUAGCAGUUGGCGUAGUAGGAGUAAGAGUUGGCGUAGUAGAAGUAAGAGUUGGCGUAGUAGGAGUAGUAGUAGAAGUUGGCGGAGUAGAAGCUGGAGAAGUAGAACUAGGAGCAGGAGUUGGAGAAGUAGAACUAGGAGUUGGAGGAGUAGAAGUUGGAGUAGGAGUAGAAGUAAAAGUUGGCGUAAUAGAAGUUGGAGCAGAAGUAGGAGUAGAAGUUAUAGCAGGAGUAGAAGUUGGAGUAGAAGUUCGAGCAGGAGUAGAAGCCGAAGUAGGAGUAGAAGUUGGCGUACUAGAAGUAGUAGUAAAACUUGGCGAAGUAAAAGCUCUAGUAGAUCGAAAACUAAUAGUCGUUCAAGUAGCAUAAGUUAUUUUAAAACUCGUAGAAGUUCUAAAUCUGAUAGAAGCUGUACUAAAAGUAAAAGUAAGAGUCCAAAAAGUCUAAAAUUGAACGGUUCUGUUUAUAAACAUAAAAAAAAGAAAAAUAAAAAGAAAAAGAAAAAACACAAGAAACCUAAAGAAUAAUUUCCCAUAAAAUAAAAAUUAAUUAUAAAAUUAUAAAAUAUAAAAUUUAAAAAUUUGUUUUUACUCUAUUUGUUAAAUUAUAAUUACUGAAAUGAUGUUUGGAACAUUUUGUUUGUAUUAUAAAAAUUAUUUUAAUGACAA